AUGGCUAAACAAAUCAUUAGCUCGACCGGCGGCAGUGGUCAACUGAUAACGCAUCGCAGAUCGGUCAUCGGUUGUUGGGCGGUAUUUGUCGUGUGCUUUGCUCUUGUCACUAAUCAUUACCAGUCGCGAUUGACGGUUGCUGCAGCAGUAGCUGAUGCUGUUAAUACACCGCCACACGUUGCGCUUUGGUUAGCCAAACUCGCCAAGUACGUACGCUUUCGUACCGGGAAGUUUAGUUGCACGGCAAAUAUGGACGACAGCCAGGGACCACCUUCGGAAAGUACGCUAGCGGUUUGGGAGAAGCAAUAUUCACCGUCCGCUUGGAGCGUUCGUUUUGCAACACCGGCAGAAGUGAUUGACAAUCAUGUGAAGUUUGUAAAAGAUGAAAGCGACAAGAACAAACAGCUUCUAGAAACGAUGCUGGAUGUAGCGUAUGGUAGUGGUGAUCGGGAUAAGGUGGACAUCUAUGGUGAAAAUCUUCUAAAGGAUGCACCAUUGUUCGUGUACAUUCACGGCGGGUACUGGCAGAUGCUGGAGAAAGAAACAUCGGCCUAUCCGGCCAAACCGCUCGUCGACCGCGGUGUGCGGGUGAUGAUCGUUGGGUACGAGCUAUGUCCGGAAGUGACACUGGAGGAGUUGGUGCGCCAGAUUAAGGUGGCGGGCGAGUUUGUGUUGAACUAUGCCACUGAGAAUGGUGUACAGCACGUUUCAAUUGCGGGACAUUCGGCAGGAGCUCACCUGAUCCUUACUAUGCUGGACCAGCUGUUUCAAAAUGCGGUCGGCGAAGAACUUAACCUUCUGAAGGAUGUAUACCUGAUCUCGGGCGUGUACAAUGUGCAAGAACUACGGUACACGAAAAGCGUCAACAAGGACAAUCUGCUCGGGAUAAACGAUGAGAAUGCUAAGCGACUGUCGCCCUUGCUCGCUAAUUACGAACAUCUGCGAUCGAUAGCGGAACAGGGUGCGAUAAAGUUUCACACGUACGUUGCACAGCACGAUAGCGAUGUGUUUCGCGAAAUGUCGACGCGGAUGUGUGAACGGUUACAGUCGUUUGGGCUGAGCUGUGAUUUGAACGUAUUGCCAAAUCUGGAUCACUUUGAUAUAGUGGAACAGCUUGCCUCCUCAGAUUAUACCAUCACAAGCGCCAUCAUGGAUGCGGUUGCUAGGGAGCAGAAUACAGUUUAG